CUCAGUACAGCCAUGCGGGCAUCUAUGGCAGCGUCUCGUCAAUCUCAGCUACCUGGCUCUGUGUCAAGUGCGGCAGCUACGCUCAAGCUCUUGGAGAAAAAGAAGGAAUUUGAAGCCGUUGCCGCGCUUGAGAGAGCGAGCGCGCAAUUCCUCAAACGCAUAGAGGAGCUAGGUGACGACUUCGAGGUCAUGGCUGAUGCGGGAAUGGUCCAUGGGCAGGUACUGGAGCAGUGGCCCAACAUGUUCAGAAUCCUUAGCCUCUUCCUGUCACAACGUGAGAAGCUUGCCGAGGACGAAAAUGCGUCAUCUUCAGCGAAUGGCGAGCGGUUAGUGCGGGUGCCACUCGAAGAGCUGCGCCAGAGGGAACCGAGGACAUGACUACACCGUUCCCAUGCACAAUACCCCGUUGUACAGUAUGUCGUACUUUGUCUCUCUAUCUCUCGUCGACCAUGGUGUUUCCAGAACAUGAAUUCUACUUGACACGGGC